CCUCGCGCGAAUAUUCUUCAACAUUGUCUCAAGUUUGUGUGUUGUCAGAUCACAACUAGAAAUGGCGGACAGUAGAGAUCUUAUGGACGGAGAUCUGGAAGAUGGAGAAAUUUCCGGAUCCAGCUCGGAUUCUGACAUGGGAGCCACUGUCGCAGCACAGGCUCGACCUCCGGCGUUUGGCGGCCAGUCCUUCCAGAGCAGAGCCCCCUCCAACUCGUCCGCCGCCGCCUACCGCAGCACCGGCAGGGCGGCGGAGUCCAGUGACAGCGGCCAGGACUCAUCCGACGAAGAGGCUGCAGUUUGGCGCCGGAAACGCCAGAAAGUGUCCAACGCUCCUCAGACAACUGGAACGACCCGCAUGCCAGUCCCCACGGCAGCGGGAGGCCGCAAGGUAAACAACAUCUGGGGCUCUGUGGUCCAGGAGCAGUGUCAGGAUGCCAUAACAGCAGAGCUGGGCAUAUUUGGCAUGGAAGGAGAGGUCAGCAUGGCAAGCAGAAAUGUGGAGACUUAUAACUAUGUUCUGGCUCGUAAGAUAAUGGAUAAGGAGCGAGAGAUGGAGAAACAGUUGAAGGAUGGAGGAGAGGUGAGCAUGCUGGACGCUCAGCUGGAGGAAUACAUGAAGGGCCGGGGGUCAGAGGGUGAUGCAAAGAGGAAGAGGUCUGUCAGAGAGAGGCUGGGCCCCAGAGCUGAGAUGGACAUCAAGGGCCGGUAUGAGAUCACAGAGGACGACCCUGAUGAGAAAGUGGUGGAUGAGAUAGCACACCGGCUGCAAGAGCCUAAAAAAGAACUGAUAGAGCGUGUUGUUAAAGUUAUUGGGAAGAAAAAAGCACUAGAACUGCUGGGAGAAACCGCCACACUGGAGGAAGCUGGUGGUGUGUACACCAUGGAUGGCAGCAGACGGCGGACCCCUGGAGGGGUUUAUCUGAACCUGCUGAAGAACACACCCAGUGUAUCUAAGUCCCAGAUCAAGCAGAUAUUCUUGGAUGAAACCCAGAGAGACAACAAGAGCAAAAAGGCUGCACAGAAGCGAAGGAGGCAUGUCCUAGCCAAAAAGAUGAAACAGGCCAUCGGCACACUGAAUCUGCAGGAGCAUGAUGAUGUCUCUAGGGAGACUUUUGCCAGUGACACCAACGAGGCCUUGGAGUCACUGGAGGAGGCAGCAGAGGAGGAAGAGGAGGCCCCUGUGGAAACUGCUGUGGGCACUGAGGAGACCCCAGUGGUCUACAACUCUACAGACCUGGAGGUUUUUUGAGUCUUUCUGCUCUUUGAACUCUGGAAAGUCUAAAUAAAGUCUUUCUAGACUAAAUAACACUGAAAGCACUGUACAAGCACGUUUCUCCAUAUUACGUGACUGCACCUGAUUGUCAUUGAUUUAUUUUCCCCUUAAAAGUGAAUUGAGAGCUUGUCAUAACAAAGGCUUAGUUUUUGUUUGAUACAUCAUGGGUUUGAAGAUUUCACCACAGUAAGACAUUGAAAAGUUUGUUUAGUGAUACAAAUGCAUUGUUUGGCUCAAAAUCAAUUUCUAACUCUUUAAAGUUGUUGAAGCAUAUAAAGUGUAUGGUGAUGCUCUCCUGUUGAUUUGCUGAAUAGUGACUGUUCAAUUUCUCAUGAUAUAUUUUCUUCAUUUGUUCAGCUGAUUUGUGCAACUGUGUCUUGAAUCUAAAAGUAGUCUCAGGUAAAAGUACUUUUUAAAUGUGCACACUUCAGUGUUGUUUGUCAAGAGCAACUUUACAUUUAACUGUUUUCCUUAACAUUUUAAGGCCAAAUAAACAUAAACUCAUUGUGGAAAGCAUGAAACUUGUGAUGACUUUUGUUAAAUCUAACAGCUACAGUUGGUCCCCAGUGGACUUCUUCACUAAGUUUUCUUUUUACAAAUGUUGUACACAGAUGUACAAAUAAUACUAAUUGUCCAAAAUAAUUUGAAGUCAGAUUUCUUUAAUGAAAAACUUGAUCAUUUUCUGCCCUACCUAUGUGCCUAAGGCUUGCACAAUCUUAGGGAAAAUGCCAGAACCUACACAGCACCUAAACCAUCUGAAAACUAUAUGUUUAAGAAAGGACAGAGAUUAAAAAUUAAAAGCCAUAUGUCAUUGGAAGAAAUAUUGAGAUUUUUGUAAACCUUACUAAACCACAUGCUAAAUGAUUGAAGGCAAAGCUGUUGUAACACUGAAAUAUGCCCACUAGAUGGCACACACGCUCCAUCUUCCACAAGGAUAGUAUU